CGUCACGUCGUUCACCUGCCGCAUUCCAGAUUUGUUCGACCGCUUCCGUAUUUGAUCUAGUGUGUAGAGAGACCAUAUGUUGUGACCAGCCGGACACAUCUGCCUGUUUAGUUCGCUGGAUUGCGUCCCAUCUGUAUGGGCCUUGAAGACGACUCGGCAUGGCUGGUCCAGUUGAGGAGAACGUGUUAGAGGAGGAGCUGACAUGCCCCGUAUGUCUGGAGCUUUUCCAGGAACCCCAUCUGCUGCCCUGUGGGCACAAUUUUUGUCUUCAGUGUGUGAAGAGGCUGAAGAACAAAGGGAAUGGAUCUUUGAAGUGUCCAGAGUGUAGGAAGAUCCAUCGAUGCAAUGUGCCACUGCAGAAGAACUAUCGGCUGGCCAACAUUGCCACAGAAUACCGUAAGAGAGGCCAGCUGUCAAGUGGAUUGCUAAAGACCGCCCCUGUCAACAUUGCAUGUGACUAUUGUUUGGAUGAGCAAGCUCCUGCAGUGAAGACCUGCUUGAAGUGCGAGGUGUCCAUGUGUGGUGAGCAUCUGAAGCCACAUCUAGAAAGGCCUGCCUUUCGGGAACACCCCUUGGUGAAGCCUUUGGGAGAUCUGAAGAAUAGGAGAUGCCCUGAACAUGAUGAGAUGUUCCGAUACUUCUGCCUGGAUGAUAAAGUGUGCAUUUGCAAUGCCUGCACCAUUGAAGGCCAGCAUGCUGGACACACCAUAAAGACCCUGAAUAACAUCAUGAAGGACCUCAAGGCAUCCCUGGAGAUUCAGCUGCAGAAGACAAACAGGAAAAUAACCAAGACAGAGAAAACCCUGCAGGAGAACCGGAACUACGAGCAUGAAAGCCAGACCUUUUUUGAGGAGACUGCACUACAAGUGGACACGAUGGGCCAGCACCUUCGAGCCGAGCUGGAUGGGUUUCUGUCUGUGUUGAAAGAGUGCAUUAGCACAUCUCUUGGCCUGUCGGAACCGCAAAAAGAGCAAAACCUGAGGAGGAUCAUGAAGGACCAAGCAAGACUGCAGGAGGUCCACACGGGAAUAGAAGCACUCCUGAAAGAGAAUGACUCAUUCUCCUUUGUGCAGGAAUAUGGGUCCAAUGGAAAAAAGCUGAAGAAGCUGCUCAAGAAACCACUAUGUUCCCUGGACUAUGAAAAUGUGGACGUGGAGGGCAUGGCUGAAAGCAUGGAGUCCAAGCUAAAUGAUUUUCAAAUUAAGCUCAAGGAGCGAGUUUCUAAACUCAUAGAACUUGUGGUUGCCAAGCAUGGUGCAGAGGAACAAGGUCAGGAGGUGGAAGGUAGUGACGAUGACGAUGAUGACCACGACGAUGAUGAUGGCGAUGACAGUGAUGAUGAUGAUGAUGAUGAUGAUGAUGAUGAUGAUGACGACGACAGUGAUGAUGAUGAGGAGGAGGAAGAUCAGCAGGAUGUUGAGGGGGAGGAAGAAGAGGAAGUAGAAGAGGAGGAGGAAGAGGACGAAUAAAGGCACUGUGAACUUGUAUUUAAAACCAAUUAAAACUUCAGUUUAAGAUUUCCGUCUCUUCCUAUAAACGGAGCAUUUGGUUUGUGUUUUUGGUGGUGGGGACAUGGCUUCUUGAAGUUUACAUUUACACAGCCUGAGAAAGGUGCAGCAAAAGCCAAAGAGCACUGUCAUCAGUCUCCUCACCAUUCAAUAGGAACAGCAGUGAUUAUGUGGGUGAUCCCUGGUGAAUUCACUGCCAUUUAUGCUUACGUCACUCAUGCAUUUGCAAGUGAUUCUAUUAAUCCGACCUCAUCUCUUGUCUGGGCGCAGUCAUCAUAAUACCUGCUAUUAUGUACAAAGUCAAUCCCAGUGUGGAUGUUUGAACAUAGUACCAUGGCUGCAAAUGCUGUCCCCUGCCAGAUUAUUCUAGAGAUCUUUGCCUAUUCCCAUAUACUCAUGAUAUUUUUUUAAAACAAAAGUACAGGUGGUUUAUCAACCACAGCAGUUUUAUGAUCAAAAACUUAAUUAAAAUUAAAUUAAAUUAAAUGAAUAUAUAUAUUUUAUUUUUAAAUAAUGAUAUGUUCAAAGGAUGGGGUGAUAUGUUCUGAGGAAUGUCCUGCACUCUCCUUUUAUAAUUAUUACGUCUUUUUAUCAUGAUUUUUGGAUCAGCCAGUAAAAAGUGCAUCCUUAAUAUCCCUUAAUCAUUGUCCAUCAUUGCUGUCAAAUGAUCAUUAUGUAAAAAAUAAAUCACUUUGUUACUGGA